ACACAGCUGUUAUCAAUAUAUUGUAUUAUGGUGCAACACUUUAUAACCUGUCACAGCCAUUCGAGUGAGCCAACAUCAUGGAUCAAGAAAAACGGCUAGCAUGUACAAUGCAAGGUCCCUGGCCUACCUAAAUGGAACCGAGCCCAAAUGAAUGUUAAAUAAUAGCACAGGUGUUUACACUGCAAUGACAAAUUGUGUACCGUGAAAUCAAAUAGGGCUUAUACUGGACUGGUUAUGGGGGGCUUUUUCCUUAUUUUUGGUGGCAAAGUAACUAUCGUUUUCCAAAGGAACUGGCACUGGCCUGGCUGCCAUAGAUCACUCUUGGAUUGCCUGGCAUUUCUCGGGAGAGAUUAAUGAUCCGAUUUUCCUCUUCAGUGUUUAGAUUACACAUUUGUAUCCCUGAAUGUAGCGGUCCUUGCUUCAGAAAACUACAGUUCCCAGCAUUCAACGCGUGUAGCUUGGGAAGCAGUGCUCGGCUUCGCUCGGAAACGGAGCUGCUGUAUUCGUACCACUACGGUGGGUUUGGGAAGCCGUCAAGCCGCUGGAUAAGCAUUUUUAAACAACGAGGAAACACAGCGUGGCAUUUCUUUUCACUAUUAGACGAUCUCUCAGCAUGGGGAAUGGCAUCAACAAGGUCUUGCCUGACUUGUACUUGGGGAAUUUCAAAGAUGCCAGAGACCGAGAACAGUUAGCCAGAAACAACAUCACACACAUCCUGUCAAUUCAUGACAGUGCUGCUCCCAUCCUCCAGGAGAUGACCUAUCUCUGCAUUUCAGCAGCUGACCUGCCCACACAAAAUCUGACUCAGCACUUUAAGCAAAGUAUAAUGUUCAUGCACGAGUCCCGCCUGAAAGGAGAAGGCUGCCUCGUUCACUGUUUGGCAGGUGUGUCUCGCAGUGUCACCCUGGUGGUUGCUUACAUCAUGACGGUGACGGGACUGGGCUGGCAGGAGGCGCUGGCCGCAGUGAAGGUGGUCCGGCCCUGUGCUGGGCCCAACAGGGGUUUUCAGCACCAGCUCCAAGAGUUUGAGGCUACUCAAGCUAAACAGUUCAGAGAAUGGCUACAAAAAGAAUAUAAAGACAACCCUUUCAAUGAUGAGGCCGAUCUACGUGAAUUGCUUGCAAAGAUGACUAAAGCCAAUGGUGAAAGUGUAGACAAACUGGCCAGUACUCCACCUGGAGGUAUCUGAUCAGAUCUUUUGAUGAGAUAUUUUGCCGCUCAGCCUGGAGGAUUUCACCACCAUGUGAUGCUACAGUGCUCAACUGUACACUAGAGAGGACUGCUGACCAGAUGUUUAUCGCCGCUGGAGUAAUCACUCAAUAUUCUGAACACUGGAAGAGACAAUUAACAUGUUACAGCACAUAUUCAUUUUUAGUAUGGUUGAUGUUUCUGAUGCUGUUUGUUUUUUAAUUUAUGAAUGCUGUGUUUUUUGUACUGUGUCACAAUAAUUUCAAGUUGAGAAAAUAAAAGGGGUACACUAAA